AUGCUACACGCCGAAAGAAUAAAAAUUGAAAAGUUACAGAAAGUACGAAGGAUGAAAAACAAAGGAAAACGAAACAGAGAGAAACCAGUGAGAGAUUUAGAAAAGGAAUAUUCUAAGAAAAUGUGUGUUGAACAAACAGGAGAAGAAAAGAUAAAACUGGAAGAUACGGAUUACGAUAAUAAUAAGUAUUACGAGCAGAAGCCAAGGAUAUCUCCGUGUGGAUUUUUCUGGGACGGCAACCCUAAUUUAUCUCUCGAUAAGGAUAAAGAGUCAUACAGCGAUAGUGAAGAUGAAGUAGAGGAAAAACCAAAACUGAGAAAUAAGAAAUUAAGUGCCGCUGAACGUCGAGAACAAGAAAGACAGAAGGAAGGCGAAAUUCGCCAAAGACAAGAUGCGCUGGCCAACAACCAGUUAUCAAAUUCUGUGGAUCAGUUCGACAGAUUAGUUUUAGCUAGUCCAGACAGUUCAAUAAUAUGAUUACAGUAUAUGGCAUACCAUUUAUAGGCAACAGAAAUAGAGAAAGCAAGAGCAGUUGCGAGAAGAGCGGUAAAAACAAUUAAUUUCAGGGAAGAGAAGGAAAAAUUAAACGUUUGGACGGCUUGGUUAAAUUUAGAAUCUAAAUAUGGAAUUCCUGAAUCGUUAAAUGAUGUUUUUCGAGAGGCAGUGACGUCUAACGACCCACUAAAAAUCUACAGUCACAUGUUGACUGUUCAUGUCGAGGCUGGCAGGCAGAUGGAAUUAGAGAAAACAAUUAAUACCAUGAUCGCGAAGUUUAAACAUAUUCCCGAGACAUGGUUUAAUUGUGGAGAAGGAUUAUUAAAAAUAGGUUUGAAGGACAGAUCGCAGCAUAUUAUGCAGAGAGCAUUGCAAUCUUUGCCAGCAUGUGAACAUGUAAAUCUAAUGGCUCGGUUUGCAAUUAUGGAGAACAAAUUUGGGGAUAAAGAGAGAGCACAAACUCUGUUUGAACAAAUUCUAAGUUCUUAUCCAAAACGGGUGGAUAUAUGGUCUUGUUAUAUUGAUUCCCUAGUGAAAUCUAAUGAUAUUGAUAUGGCAAGAAUUUGCCUUAUAAUAAUUUGCAUUUGAAAGAUGAAGAUUCUCUUUAAAAAAUUCAUCAAUUUUGAAGAACAACAUGGUACUCGGGAAGACGUGAGUCGUGUUCAACAAAUGGCUGUAGAAUAUGUAGAGAAGCAAUGUACAAGAUGA